AUGAAUGAAAUGAGAGCGACGCUCGACUCCCUUAUGGGGAGGGACCGAAACGAAUAUGGCGCUAAUGCGAAGAAAGGCGCUUCUUUUAAAGCAGAUUCGGUCUGCAAAUUCUAUUUGCUCGACUUCUGCCCCCAUGACCUUUUUCCGAACACCCGGGUUGACCUUGGACCGUGCGACAGGGAGCACAGAGCAGACUUGAAGGUUGCCUUUGAGACAGACCCGGAGAGGGAGUUUUACCAAGCCCUCUUCGAGACCGAGUUUGCUCGUAGG